CACCCGUGGCAAAGGAGUCUUUACAGUGGCAUUACUUAACUGUAAUCCUGUCGUUGAGGUCUGUUCUUGAUCCUCUAACCGCUCGAUGGGGAGUCACAGAAGAUCACCUGUGUGUGUCAGCUCCCUACCUCUCUGUAGCAAGAGAAGUGACUGCAGCGCCUCCACAGUCAUGAUGAUGAAACUGGUAUUAACUGAGUGGCCCUUAUGGAUUUUUAACUCUAAUUCACAGUGAGCCAGCAAGCCAUAUGUUUACAGUCCAACCAAAAACCCUUCUGUGUUGCUGCACGUCUCGAGUGAAAAGUUGAGACACCUGUUGGUACAGAGUGGAAUAUAAGAGUCACUUGCCGAGGAGUGCACUUGCAGCAGAACGAGAAGACGUCUUAAUUUAUCCUUGGAGAGAGAUGAUAGUAUUAUUUAUAUAGGUAGAAUAAAUAUAUAUAUAUAUAUAUUUUGGUGGUAAUGAAAAUGGCUCCGCAGAAUGCCGACUCGGAAUCUAUGCAAGUACAAGAGCUGCCUAUGCCCCUACCGGACCCUCAGAAACCCAGACACCCAGAGGCCGAGACCCAAGAGGAGACCAUCAGUGAGGGGUCCAUAGACAGAAUCCCCACACGCCUGUGGGUCAUGCACGGGGCAGUGAUGUUUGGCAGGGAAUUCUGUUACGCCAUGGAGACAGCACUGGUCACACCUAUACUGUUACAAAUAGGCCUCCCUGAGCAGUACUACAGCCUCACCUGGUUCCUGAGCCCCGUCCUCGGCCUCAUCUUCACACCGCUUAUUGGCUCUGCAAGUGACCGGUGUACCCUGAGCUGGGGCCGCCGGCGGCCCUUCAUCCUUGUGCUGUGUGUGGGGGUCCUCAUCGGUGUUGCACUUUUCCUCAAUGGCUCUGCCAUCGGUCUGGCGCUCGGCGAUGUUCCCAACCGGCAGCCCAUUGGCAUUGUCCUCACGGUGCUGGGAGUAGUGGUCCUGGAUUUCAGUGCUGAUGCAACUGAGGGGCCCAUCCGUGCCUACCUGCUGGAUGUGGUGGACAGUGAGGAACAAGAUAUGGCUCUCAACAUUCACGCCUUCUCUGCUGGCCUUGGUGGGGCUGUUGGCUACGUGCUGGGUGGGCUGGACUGGACACCGACCUUCCUAGGUGACUGGUUCCGCACACAGAACCAGGUGCUCUUCUUCUUCGCUGCCAUCAUCUUUUCAGUGUCAGUGGCCCUGCAUCUCUUUAGCAUCGAGGAGGAACAGUACAGCCCACAGCAGGACCGCAGUCCUGAGGAUGCCACCCUGCCCAGCACCAGUGUCCAGCCCAGUGCCCUAGCCCCUGCUAUCCGCCUCAGCUCCCUUGGGGGGGGUGUGCAGGACGGCAGCCCCCCGUUCCCAGAUGAGGUGCAGUCAGAGCACGAACUGUCCUUGGACUACCUCGACGUGGACAUCGUGCGCAGCAAGAGUGACUCAGUGCUGCACAUGCCUGAUGCCACCCUGGACAUGGAGCCUGAACUGCUCUUCCUGCACGACAUAGAGCCCUCCAUCUUUCACGAUGCUUCCUACCCCAGCACCCCCCGGAGCACCAGCCAGGAGCUCCUGAGGGCCAAGCUGCCCCGCCUGUCUACGUUCCUCAGGGAGUCCACCAAGGAGGACGACACCUUGCUUGAUAAUCACUUGAAUGAAGCUAAAGUCCCAAAUGGGAGAGGUUCCCCACCAAUGGAUUCACUCAGUAACCGCUCUAAAGUGGACUUGAAGCCCUCAGUCAUGUCUGGUUCCAUGAGGCGGCGUAGGCACAUGUUCCACAGGCAGGCUUCUAGCACUUUCUCCUACUAUGGUAAGAUUGGGUCCCACUGCUACCGCUACCGCCGGGCCAAUGCAGUGGUCCUGAUCAAGCCAUCACGAAGCAUGAGUGACCUGUAUGACCUGCAGCAGCGGCAGCGAUCCCGGCACCGCAACCAGAGUGGGGCCACCGCCUCCAGUGGGGACACAGAGAGCGAGGAGGGUGAGGCGGAGACCACUGUGCGCCUGCUAUGGCUGUCCAUGCUGAAGAUGCCCAAGGAAUUGAUGCGGCUCUGCCUCUGCCACCUACUCACUUGGUUCUCUGUCAUCGCAGAGGCUGUCUUCUAUACUGAUUUCAUGGGCCGGGUGAUCUUCGAAGGGGACCCCCAGGCCUCCAACUCCACCUUAUGGCAUAAGUACAAUGCUGGCGUGAAGAUGGGCUGCUGGGGCCUGGUCAUCUACGCUGCUACUGGUGCUAUCUGCUCAGCACUGCUACAGAAGUACCUGGACAACUAUGACCUGAGCAUCAAGAUCAUCUAUGUGUUGGGGACGCUGGGUUUCUCCGUGGGCACUGCUGUGAUGGCUCUAUUUCCCAACGUCUACGUGGCCAUGAUCACCAUCAGCACCAUGGGCAUCGUCUCCAUGAGCAUCUCCUACUGCCCCUAUGCCCUCCUAGGGCACUACCAUGACAUCAAGGAGUACGUCCACCACAGUCCAGGGAACUCCAAGCGUGGAUUUGGCAUUGACUGCGCCAUCCUCUCCUGCCAGGUCUACAUCUCCCAAAUUCUGGUUGCAUCUGCCCUCGGAAGCGUGGUCGACGCUGUAGGGACUGUCCAUGCCAUCCCCGUGGUAGCCUCCGUGGGCUCUUUCCUGGGUUUCCUGACAGCCACAUUCCUGGUGAUCUACCCUGAGGUGUCAGAGGAGGCCAAGGAGGAGCAAAAAGGCCUGUCCUCAGGGCCUGCUGGUGAAGGCGAGGGUGGAGCAGGCAGUGAGAAACCCACUGUGCUGAAGCUGUCUCGGAAAGGGGGCCUGCGGGGAUCCGUGGAGACAGAAUCCAUGGUGUGAGCCCCAACUGGCACAUUCCACAGCAGAGGGCAGGUUGGACUGGGGGCUGUGCUUGCCAACACUGUGUAAGCUGGAGUUCCAUCCCAGAGCGCAGUUCAAGUUUAGUAGGUGUUAGGUGUAGGGUAGGUUUGAGCUAUUAGGCAAAAAUAUCACACUAAUUACCUUUCCCACAAUUAAAAAAAUCAUUUGAAAUCUUUUUUUAUUGAAAAAACUUAAUUUCAGCUGUCUUUUAUUCUGCAGGUAUACCAUUUUGCAUGUUUUAAAUUGUGAAACAUUCACAGCAUAGUCAAUAAGCAAUUAGAAAAUGCAAGGGUCUGCAUUUCUAAAACAAUUACUGUAAUUGAACAUGCAGAAGCUCCGACUCCCUUGGUGGUUGUCGUCUAAAGGCAACAGACAGCAGUGCAGUGUCCAGAUUGCCCGGCAGGUGUCUGGGGGCUCCUCAGCAUCCUGCGGGCACUGCCUUGCCUCGGAGCAGUUUUCUCUGUUUAUUUUAGAAACCGUAUUUUCUUUUUUACAACUGUGGUUUUCUUAUAACAGCAUCUCUAGCGAACUGGGCCCGCAGUCCUGUGCACAGCUGUCAGUGCCUGAGACCAUACACCAAAGCUGGGGAAGGGUCCCAGAGUCGUUUGAGCAGGAGGCAGCCAUUCCCUAGGGCAGCCUCCAGACAUCCUGCCCAGAGACAGCACAAAUCAGGACAGGAGUGCAGAAAGCGAAUUCUCAGCAUGCCUCCUGCGUGCUUGUGUGUGAGUUUGUCUGUGUCCAGUCCCUACCCACACGGUCUUCCCCAGAAGACCACAGGGCAAUUGUUGGCUCUGCGUGACACUUCAGUUUGUCUCUACAUAAUCUUUGGGAAUCCAGGCACAGAGCUCCAGGCAAUCACUGACUCCUGAGUCCUGCUGCAAGGCUACCUCGAGAGUGUGGGGAACAGGGCACGUGAGGGUGCCGAGGCCUACCUCCCUGCCACAUUUGUGACAUUGGUCCUCGCUGGAACCUAACUGUAAUCUUGUGACCUCAUCACCUGCUCCUGCUGAUGGUCACCUGAAUGGGAAUGAAGGCAAAGAGAAGCAAGUAUCUGCCUGGGCAGGAGGGCUGUGACUAAAGAGCCCGGCGCAGUUUCCAGUCUCUGCAUGUGAGCAAAACCCGGGCCUCAGGGAAGCAGGCUCCUCAAAUGCUGCAGCUGUGGGAAAAUCCUUUUCAAACCAUGAUCUCUGUUAAAAACUCCACAGUCCUGUCUCUUGGCUUGUGAGACCGUCAGUCUGCGCUCAGGAGAGGGGAGUUCCUCCCUGGAUGAAGUCAAACCUGUGCUCUUGCUGCCUCGAUUGGUGUUUUUAUAUAAAGUACUUUAAAGUGCAUGAGAAUCAUGCUGCAAUAUGAGCAUUCUAAAGCAAAUAUAUAUAUACAUAUAUAUUUCAAGAUGAAAGUAAGCCGUUUUUAAAUAAAUUACUUGAAUUUUCUGUGUAUUCAAAGGAA